AUGGCAAUCAAGAAUGUCGUCGUCGCCGGCGUAACCGGAAACCUCGGCCCCCCGAUCCUCAAAGCCCUCGUCGCCGCAGGCACCUUCAACAUCACGAUCUUCAGCCGGCCCAAGCAGGCCACUGCUCCUGCUCCUGCUCUUGCUCCACCCAGUGCCACCAACGGCACUGCAUCUCCUCAGACCGUCGAGGUAGACUACACCUCCAUCCCAUCCCUCACAACAACCCUCUCCCACCUCCACGCAGACUGCAUCCUCUCCCUCCUCCCCCACACAGCCAGCCAAACCCAAACGAACCUCAUCCACGCGUCCGUCGCCGCCGGCGUCCCGCGCUUCAUCCCCUCCGAGUUCGGCGCGGACCUCGAUAACCCUGUCAACCGGGCGGCCCCAACAUACCGCGGCAAGGUCGGCGUGCAGGAACUCCUUAAGACUUUAGCCGCGGAGAAUCAGAUCACCUAUACGAUUGUGUAUAACGGCGCGUUUUUGGAUUGGGGACUCGCCCAUUCUUUUCCCGUUGAUGUUGGCCGUCGCGAGGCGGUGCUGCAUGGUGGUGGAGAGAGGGUUUAUAGUACGACGACCCAGACGAGCAUUGGGAAGGCGGUUGUGUCGAUUCUGCAGCGUGAAGAGGAGAGUCGGAACCGCGUUGUUAGAAUCGCUGAAGCAAACUUGACCAUCAAGCACCUUCUGGGGCUAGCGCAGGAGGUUAUUGGCGGCGAAGGAUGGACAAUUACCGAGACGGAUGUUGAAGCGGAAGUUGCGAAGGCGUGGCCGUUGAUCAAGCAAGGCGUGUUUAAUCGCGAGACCAUGAUGCCGUUUAUUCAUCGGGCGCAGUGGGGGGUUGGGACGGGGGGGCAUUUUGAGGAGAAUGAUAAUGCCUGGCUUGGGGUCCAGGAGUUGGAUGAUGAGGGGGUGAGGGCGGUUAUUCGGGACGAGAUUGAGAAUGUUGCUUGGGAAGACGAGAUUGAGAAUGUUGCUUGGGAACGACGAUUGAGAAUGUUGCUGGGGGAAGACGAGAUUGAGAAUGCUGCUGGGAGAACCCUAGACGAGAAUGAGAAUGUUGCUUUGGAAGACAAGAUCGGAGAAGACAGGCUAGAUCAAGACUCCCUCGCCUUUGGCACUGGCAGAGGUCCAGCUAGAUGGCUACACUACUAG